UGAUGUGAGUCGGUGUGACCGACCGACCGACCAAGCAACCGCAUGAAGCAACAGGCGGUUGUUGUGGCGUCUGAUCUCCUCAGUCUCUAACGACAAAGGCAACAGUUCAUAACGUAGCGCGCGCAAAACAACUCGAAAAAAAACGGAAAAUAUAACGCAAAGAACAGAAAACAGUUGCAGUUCUUCAAGCGUUCCAACGAAUCUCAAUCUCGAUCAAAAUGAGUUGCGGAAUAUCUAUGGUCAAAUAUAUAUUAUUUAUAUUUAAUUUGCUAUGCUCGAUAUGCGGCAUCUUGUUGAUUGUGUUUGGAGCCCUGUUCUUCAGCAACAUCCAAAAUGUCGAUGACUUUACCGAGGCACUGCGCACUCAACAGGUGCCCGUAACAAUGAUUGUGCUGGGCACGAUUAUAUUGUUGAUCUCAUGGUUCGGCUGCUGUGGCGCCAUUCGCGAAUCCUACUGCAUGUCCAUGACGUAUUCCAUAUUGCUGUUUGUGCUGAUGAUUGGACAGCUGGCGUUUGUCAUUUACAUAUGGUUGCAGAAGGACAGAUAUCUGGUUAUGAUGGGCGAUGUGGUUGAGAAGGCCUGGGAACGUCGCACUCGACGUUCCGACUACAUGGAUGCCAUACAGAAAAGCAUGGAGUGCUGCGGUCGCAGCAGCUUUACCGAUUAUGCCUUCCAAGGAUACUUCCCGCCCUCCUGCUGCAGGGAUCCCAACCACUGUGGCCCGGAGAGCGUUUAUCGUCGCGGUUGCAAGGAGGCCUUUGUCGAUUACUGGGACAGAAACAGCACCGCGAUCAAGUACAGCGGCCUGGUUAUUGCCGCCAUUGAGUUUGUGGGCUUUGUGUUUGCCUGCUGUUUGGCGAACAGCAUUCGAAACUAUCGACGCCGGGCGGACUAUUAAUGGAUUCGACGCAUCCAGAUCGAAAACAUCCAAGAAGGAGAUGUCAACGUUGCCUUACUAUGUUUAAAUGAAACCGAAAGUACGAAUAAUGUUGCCCAAAAACUUUUACAAAUUAUACAUACAAGUAUUUAAAUGGCCAUUACAA